GUUGCGCCAUUCGAUUGUGUAAAAUGCCACCAGAUGGCGGCUUAGGAUUGCUGCUCUUCUGAAAGGCGCGGUUCCACUCGCGGUCCAAUUUACAAUAAAAAAUCUUUAAGCUUUUAAAAAUAUUUUCGAUUUUUUUAUUUCGGAAAGUUGUAAACGGUACCGCAAUGGACAGCAAAGGCUGCGGGGUAUGACCACGCCGAGACCGCGCUAGAGCACCAGAAGAGAAGCCCUUCCUGUAACCCGCCCGCGUUCGCCAGAGACAGGCCAGGCUCGUCGGAGAGCUUCGGAGAGAGAGAGAGAGACCUCGCUGCACGCUGCCACAGUCCCGCGGUGGGGAGGCUGCUGACAUCGCCUCGCCAUGAUUACCUCAGAGCUGCCAGUUUUGCAGGACCCCAGUAAUGAGUCGGGCCAGGCGGAGACGGUCAGCCUCAGCGUGAGCGUCAGCGAGCUGGACGACAGCGGAGAGCUCAAGGGCAAGAAGAAGAGGGGGAGGCCCGGGAGACCGCCGACGGCGAAUAAGAAGCCUAGGAAGGCCCCCCAGGAGAAGUCCCAGAUGGGGCCCCCGCGGGGGCGCAAGGCCAACGGCCUGCCCCAGCAGAACGGCGAGGGCGACCCCGUCACCCUGUUCGAGGUGGUCAAGCUCGGAAAGAGUGCCAUGCAGUCUGUCGUCGAUGACUGGAUUGAGUCCUACAAGCAGGACAGAGAUAUAGCACUUCUCGACCUAAUCAACUUCUUCAUUCAGUGCUCUGGGUGCAAAGGCACUGUAAGAAUCGAGAUGUUUCGCAACAUGCAGAAUGCCGAGAUUAUCCGGAAAAUGACCGAGGAGUUUGACGAGGACAGCGGCGACUACCCGCUCACCAUGCCCGGGCCGCAGUGGAAGAAGUUCCGCUACAACUUCUGCGAGUUCAUCGGCGUCCUGAUCCGGCAGUGCCAGUACAGCAUCAUCUACGACGAGUACAUGAUGGACACGGUCAUCUCGCUGCUCACCGGGCUCUCCGACUCCCAGGUCCGAGCCUUCCGGCACACCAGCACCCUGGCAGCCAUGAAGCUGAUGACGGCCCUGGUGAACGUGGCCCUGAACCUGAGCAUCAACCAGGACAACACGCAGAGGCAGUACGAGGCCGAGCGCAACAAGAUCGUGGGCAAGAGGGCCAACGAGAAGCUGGAGCUGCUGCUGCAGAAGAGGAAGGAGCUUCAGGAAAACCAGGAUGAGAUCGAAAACAUGAUGAACUCCAUCUUCAAGGGCAUUUUCGUCCACCGGUACAGGGACGCGAUCGCGGAAAUCCGAGCCAUCUGCAUAGAGGAGAUCGGCAUGUGGAUGAAGAUGUACAGCGACGCCUUCCUGAACGACAGCUACCUGAAGUACGUCGGGUGGACCCUGCACGACCGGCAAGGUGAAGUGCGAUUGAAGUGCUUGAAAGCCCUCCAGAACCUCUACACGAACAGAGAGCUCUUCCCAAAGCUGGAGCUCUUCACCAACAGGUUCAAGGAUCGUAUUGUGUCGAUGACCCUGGACAAAGAGUAUGAUGUAGCAGUGGAGGCCAUAAGACUGGUGACACUAAUCCUGCAGGGGAGCGAGGACGCCCUGUCCAACGAGGACUGCGAGAACGUCUACCACCUGGUGUACUCCGCCCACCGGCCCGUCGCCGUGGCCGCGGGAGAGUUCCUCCACCGGAAGCUGUUCAGCAGGCAUGACCCCCAGGCGGAGGAGGCCCUGGCCAAACGCAGGGGCAGAAACAGCCCCAACGGAAACCUGAUCAGAAUGCUGGUGCUCUUCUUCCUGGAGAGCGAGCUGCACGAGCACGCGGCCUACCUGGUGGACAGCCUGUGGGAGAGCUCCCAGGAGCUGCUGAAGGACUGGGAGUGCAUGACGGAGCUUCUGCUGGAGGAGCCCGUGCAGGGAGAGGAAGUGCUGUCGGACAGGCAGGAGAGCGCGCUGAUCGAGCUGACCGUCUGCACCAUUCGGCAGGCGGCCGAGGCGCACCCGCCCGUGGGGCGCGGGACGGGGAAGAGGGUGCUGACGGCGAAGGAGAGGAAGAUGCAGAUCGACGAUAAAAACAAACUGACAGAGCACUUCAUCAUGGCCCUGCCCAUGCUGCUGUCGAAGUACCAGGCGGACUCUGAGAAGGUGGCUAACCUGCUGCAGAUCCCCCAGUUCUUCGACCUGGACGUGUACAGCGCUGGCAGGAUGGAGAAGCACUUGGACGCCCUGCUGAAGCAGAUCAAGUUUGUGGUGGAGAAGCACACGGAGACGGAGGUGCUGGAGGCCUGCAGCCGCACCUACAGCACCCUGUGCAGCGAGGAGUACACCAUCAUGAACCGCGUGGACAUCGCCCGCAGCCAGCUGGUGGACGAGAUGGUCGACCGCUUCUGCCACUCCGUGGAGGACCUGCUGCAGGAGGGCGAGGAGGCGGACGAUGACGACAUUUACAACGUGCUCUCCACCCUCAAGAGGCUCACCGCGUUCCACAAUGCCCAUGACCUCACCCGGUGGGACCUGUUUGGAAACUGCUACCGGCUGCUGAAGACCGGAAUCGAGCAAGGGUCCAUGCCCGAGCAGAUUGCAGUGCAGGCUCUUCAGUGCUCGCAUUACGCCAUCCUGUGGCAGCUGGUGAAGAUCACAGAGGGUUCUCCGUCUAAGGAUGACCUCAUUGCACUAAGGAGAGUUGUCAAGUCUUUCUUGGCCGUGUGUCAGCAGUGCCUGUCCAAUGUCAACACCCCUGUAAAGGAGCAGGCGUUCAUGCUGCUCUGCGACCUCCUGAUGAUCUUCAGCCACCAGCUGACCUCGGGGGCCCGCGAGGGCCUGCAGCCGCUGGUCUUCAACCCCGACGGGCAGCUGCAGAACGAGCUGCUCACCUUCGUCCUCGACCACGUCUUCAUCGACCAGGACGAGGAGAACCAGAGCAUCGAGGGCGACGAGGAAGACGAAGCCAAUAAGAUCGAGGCCUUGCACAAGAGGAGGAACCUGCUGGCGGCCUUCAGCAAGCUCAUCAUCUACGACAUCGUGGACAUGCCGGCCGCCGCUGACAUCUUCAAGCACUACAUGAAGUACUACAACGAUUACGGUGACAUCAUCAAGGAGACGCUGAGCAAGACGAGACAGACGGACAAGAUCCAGUGCGCCAAGACCCUCAUUCUGAGUCUUCAGCAGCUCUUCAAUGAGCUUCUGCAGGACCAGGGCCCCAACCUGGACCGCACCUCGUCCCACGUGAGCGGCAUCAAGGAGCUGGCUCGCCGCUUUGCCCUCACCUUCGGCCUGGACCAGAUCAAAACCCGCGAGGCCGUGGCCACGCUGCACAAGGAUGGAAUCGAGUUUGCCUUCAAGUACCAGAACCCGAAAGGGGUGGAGUUCCCCCCUCCGAAUCUGGCCUUCCUGGAAGUCCUGAGCGAGUUCUCCUCCAAGCUGCUCCGUCAGGAUAAAAAGACUGUCCACUCGUACCUGGAGAAGUUCAUGACGGAGCAGAUGAUGGAGCGGCGGGAGGACGUGUGGCUGCCGCUCAUCUCCUACAGGAACUCCCUGCUGACGGGCGGGGACGAGGACCGCAUGUCCGUCACCAGCGGCAGCAGCAGCAGCAAGGCCGGCUCGGUCCGCAGCAAGAAGGGCCGGCCGCCCCUGCACAAGAAGAGGAUAGACGGUGAGGAGGAGAGCGUGGAGGGGUCCUGGCUGAUGCGGAACGACACCCUGCCCACGCCCCAGCUCACCUCCACCGUCCUGCGGGAGAACCCCCGGCAGGCGGCCGAGCACAUCCCCGACCAGGACUCCGAGCCGGGCUCCGAGUCCGACUACGUCCACAACCCCCAGAUGCAGAUGUCCUGGCUCGGGCAGCAGAAGCUGGAGGAGGUGAACCGGAAGGACCGGACGGGGAUGAACUACAUGAAGGCCCGGAGUGGAGGGGUGCGGCAGACCGUCCGGGGUCUGAUGGAGGAUGACGCAGAGCCCAUCUUCGAGGACGUGAUGAUGUCGUCUCGCGGCCAGCUGGAGGACAUGAACGAGGAGUUUGAGGACACCAUGGUGAUCGAUCUGCCUCCAUCCAGGAACAGACGAGAGAGAGCAGAACUGAGACCAGACUUUUUCGACUCGGCAGCCAUGAUAGAGGAUGAAUCGGGAUUCACCAUGCCCAUGUUCUGAGAAGAUGCGAAGAGGAGGGGGGGAAUGUUGACUGAAAAAA